UGGUGGGGAGGGGGGGAUCUCUUUCCCCAUUUGGAGAUGAUUGUGCUAUUCCUCUUUGCCUUGCUCUGGAUGGUGGAGGGGGCCCUUUGCCAGCUCCAUUACACGGUGCAGGAAGAGCAGGAGCAUGGCACGUUCGUGGGGAAUAUCGCCGAGGACCUGGGCUUGGACAUUACAAAACUUUCGGCUCGCCGCUUCCAGACGGCGCCCAACUCCCGCAGCCCUUACCUGGAGCUCAACCUGGAAACCGGGGUGCUCUACGUGAACGAGAAGAUCGACCGGGAGCAGAUCUGCAAGCAGAGCCCCUCCUGCCUGCUGCACCUGGAGGUCUUCCUGGAGAACCCCCUGGAGCUGUUCCGGGUGGAGAUCGAGGUGCUGGACAUCAACGACAACCCGCCCUCCUUCCCGGAGCCCGACCUCACCGUGGAGAUCUCGGAGAGCGCCACGCCGGGCACCCGCUUCCCCCUGGAGAGCGCCUUCGACCCCGACGUGGGCACCAACUCGCUGCGCACCUACGAGAUCACCCCCAACAGCUACUUCUCCCUCGACGUGCAGACGCAGGGGGACGGCAACCGCUUCGCCGAGCUGGUGCUGGACAAGCCCCUGGACCGGGAGCAGCAAGCGGUGCACCGCUACGUGCUGACCGCGGUGGACGGCGGGCAGCCCCAGCAGCGCACCGGCACCGCCCUGCUCACCAUCAGGGUGCUGGACUCCAACGACAACGUGCCCGCCUUCGAGCAGCCCGUCUACACCGUGUCGCUGCCGGAGAACUCGCCGCCGGGCACCCUGGUGCUGCAGCUCAACGCCACCGACCCCGACGAGGGCCAGAACGGCGAGGUGAUCUACUCCUUCAGCAGCCACAUCUCGGCCCGCGCCCGGGAGCUCUUCGGCAUCGCGCCGCGCACCGGGCGGCUGGAGGUGAGCGGCGAGCUGGACUACGAGGAGAGCAGCGUGUACCAGGUGUACGUGCAAGCCAAGGACCUGGGGCCCAACGCCGUGCCGGCGCACUGCAAGGUGCUGGUGCGGGUGCUGGACGCCAACGACAACGCGCCCGAGAUCAGCUUCUCCACCGUCAAGGAGGCGGUGAGCGAGGCGGCGGCGCCGGGCACCGUGGUGGCCCUCUUCAGCGUCUCGGACCGCGACUCGGAGGAGAACGGGCAGGUGCAGUGCGAGCUGCUGCAGGGCGACGCGCCCUUCCGCCUCAAGAGCUCCUUCAAGAACUACUACACCAUCGUCACCGAGGGGCCGCUGGACCGCGAGCAGCCGGGCGGCGACGCCUACACCCUCACCGUGGUGGCCCGGGACCGCGGCGAGCCGCCGCUCAGCACCAGCAAGUCCAUCCAGGUGCGGGUGAGCGACGUGAACGACAACGCGCCGCGCUUCAGCCAGCCCGUCUACCAGGUCUACGUGAGCGAGAACAACGUGCCCGGCGCCUACAUCUACGCCGUCAGCGCCACCGACCGGGACCAGGGCGCCAACGCCCAGCUCGCCUACUCCAUCCUGGAGAGCCAGAUCCAGGGCAUGUCCGUCUUCACCUACGUCUCCAUCAACUCCGAGAACGGCUUCCUCUACGCCCUCCGCUCCUUCGACUACGAGCAGCUCAAGGAGUUCAGCUUCCAGGUGGAGGCCCGCGACGCCGGCGAGGAGCCGCAGCCGCUGGCCGGCAACGCCACCGUCAACAUCGUCGUGGUGGACCAGAACGACAACGCCCCCGCCAUCGUCAGCCCCCUGCCCGGCCGCAACGGCACCCCGGCGCGGGAGGCGCUGCCCCGCGGCGCCGAGCCGGGCUACCUGGUGAGCCGGGUGGCGGCGGUGGACGCCGACGACGGGGAGAACGCCCGCCUCACCUAUAGCAUCGUGCGGGGCAACGAGGCCAGCCUCUUCCGCAUGGACUGGCGCACCGGGGAGCUGCGGACGGCGCGCCGGGUGCCGGCCAAGCGCGACCCCCAGCGCCCCUACGAGCUGGUCAUCGAGGUGCGCGACCACGGGCAGCCGCCGCUCUCCUCCACCGCCGCCAUCCAGGUGGUGCUGGUGGACGGCGCGGCCGAGCGUCCCGGCGGCGGCGGCGGCGGCGGCCUGGGCGCGGGGGCGGGCGCGGGGGGCGGCGGCGGCGGCGCCGGCGGCGGCGGCGGCUCCGGCGAGCAUCGCCCCAGCCGCUCCGGGGGGGACACCUCGCUCGACCUCACCCUCAUCCUCAUCAUCGCCCUGGGCUCCGUCUCCUUCAUCUUCCUGCUGGCCAUGAUCGUCCUGGCCGUGCGCUGCCAGAAGGAGAAGAAGCUCAACAUCUACACCUGCCUGGCCAGCGACUGCUGCCUGGGCUGCUGCUGCUGCUGCCCCUGCUGCAGCCGCCAGGCGCGGGCCCGCAAGAAGAAGCUCAGCAAGUCGGACAUCAUGCUGGUGCAGAGCUCCAACGUGCCCAGCAACCCGGCGCAGGUGCCGGUGGAGGAGUCGGGCACCUUCGGCUCCCACCACCACAACCAGAACUACUGCUACCAGGUCUGCCUCACCCCGGAGUCCGCCAAGACCGACCUGAUGUUCCUCAAGCCCUGCAGCCCCUCCCGCAGCACCGACGCCGAGCACAACCCCUGCGGGGCCAUCGUCACCGGCUACGCCGACCAGCAGCCCGACAUCAUCUCCAACGGCAGCAUUUUGUCCAGCGAGACAAAACAUCAGCGUGCUGAGCUCAGUUAUCUAGUUGACAGACCCCGACGAGUAAACAGUUCUGCAUUCCAGGAAGCAGACAUAGUAAGCUCUAAGGACAGUGGUCAUGGAGACAGUGAGCAAGGAGACAGUGAUCAUGAUGCCACUAAUCGAGGUCAAUCCUCUGGCAUGGAUCUCUUCUCCAAUUGCACAGAGGAAUGUAAAGCACUGGGCCACUCAGAUCGGUGCUGGAUGCCUUCCUUUGUUCCAUCUGAUGGACGCCAAGCUGCAGAUUACCGUAGCAAUCUGCAUGUACCUGGCAUGGACUCCGUUCCAGACACUGAAGUGUUUGAAACACCAGAAGCCCAGCCGGGGGCAGAACGGUCCUUCUCCACCUUCGGCAAAGAGAAGGCCCUUCACAACACUCUGGAGAGGAAGGAGUUGGAUGGACUGCUGUCUAAUACACGAGCGCCUUACAAACCACCAUAUUUGAAACAUGGGUGGCAGCAGAGUAAUCCCCAUCCUACAUCCCCCAGCCCCAGCCCCAGCCGUGUGUCUCACCCUUUACCUGGAUGCACCACUACAAAGGCACUUGCCAUCUCUGGAUCUCAAAGUGGAUUAUAAAGAAUAGUGAUUUAAACCUUCCUGCACCUCUAGGAGAUAGCACGGAAAAGGAUAUGCUAGUCACUUCUACAGGACUUACCUGAAGCAGCAUGAUUUGCACAAAAGUCGACCAACAAAAAGCAUCAACUUUCAACUUCAUUAUCUUGGCCAUCCAGUUCUGUGUAACUGAAGGAUUUGUGUGCUGUUGGAGACAUCAUGGCCAACAAUAGGACCUAAUUGCUCUCAGCAGGCCUGAGAAAUGAGUUGAAAUGUGUAGAACUGUAGAAACUUCAGAGGCAACUGAUCUUGCCUCUCUGAUCAGUGUGUGCCUGUUUACAGCACUAUAUAUCUUUCUCUCUCCAAAAUGUCACUGAGCCCUUUAGAUGUUUAUAUUCACCACAAGAAGCCAAUCGUACAGAUAAAAGAAAUGUGCAUUAUAAAUGCAAUAUCACUGUUUUAAACUUGACUGUUUUAUAUUAUUUUUGUGUGAUCAAGUGUUCCCCAAACUAUUCCAACUUUACAAGAGAGAUUGUGAUCAUGUUCUUUUCACCUGUGGGUCAUAAAAAUGUUGUUAAUCUGAAGACCCACAAAAUUAUCAAAGACAUUCUGUAGUUUAUACACCGUGUUGCAAAGUGUUUACUGUACUAUUUCAAAGCUUCUAAAUAAAUAUAAAAUAUAUAUAUAUUAUAUUAUAUAUAAUUUUCCGAAAAACGUGGUACAACUUAGUUGAUUUUUAAAUGGAUUCAUACAGUCUACACCAUACACUAAAGUGAGAAGGUAAUUCAGGGUUCCUAAGCUAUCCUUGCUAAAAACAAAAAUAAAAGAAACCUUUAAUAGUACUUCCCCAAUAUCCGUAUUUUGGUCAAUCCUGUUUUUCUUGUUUUAAAAAAAAAAAAAAAAAAGCUGUAAGCAACAACAUUUUGUCUAAAAGUUGUAAUGAAUUUUCAAUGCCAAAGAUGCAGCUGUCAAUAUUACCAGAAUGAGCGCUAUGUACUAUCAGAGGUAUAAAUCACUCUCCAUUAUUUUGAUUAUAUUUCUAUGGUUUUUAAUUUGGAAUCACAAAAUCUUUUAUAAGGCUCUAUAAACUCACCUGUAUAUGUUGUUAAAAAGAACACUGGGUGUCUGUACAUUUUGCAAUGUAAGAUAUAAUGUAAGUGAAGUUAAGUAUUUUAAGAAAAUCAUCCCAAACUCAUAAGUAUGCAUACAUACAUACACACACAAACACCCACACAUCUCUCUUUGACAUAGUUUUGUGAAACUAUACAAAUAUAUUGCCUAAAAAUAUUUCUCUUGUGGCUAGGAAUAGUUGUUGAUAGAAUUCAAAUUACAAAGGCAAAGUAUAUGCCAAACUAUUGACUCUUUUAUCACAAAGGAGAUUUGAAAUUAGGAACAUGGCACAUUCUCAGCUGACCCCUCUCCCAUUGGAGUUAAAAGGGGUUGGCUACCAUCUUUGUUGGGAAAAGGAUUAAGCCCUUGCAUAUAAUCUUUAUGGUCUGUAAUAAUUCUGUGGUCUGAAACGGUAUCUUAGAGCAUUUCUUUUCUAUGAAAUAUUGAAAAAGGUAAAAUUUCAAAGGUAAAGUUUAAAAUUACUUUCAUGUCCAUGGAGUUUAAGUACCAUUUACUAAAUGUAAAAAUCUAGUAAAAUGUUUUUUUCUUUUUUUUUCUUUUUGUAUUGUGUUUUUUUCCCUACUGUACCUUAAUAUGUCAAAUAUUGAAAACCAAUGAGAGAACACUGUGUUAUCAACCAAGGUCUAGCCAAAUUCGAACAAAUUCCUAGUGAUGAUUCAAUAUUGAAGUAAGACAAGAGAAAACCUCUCAUUGAUUGCAGUGGAAUUUGGAUCAUGCCGUUAUAUAGAAAAUCUGAUAUCCCCACCAGUGCUGCCACAGGAUGAAUGUGGGAGAAGCUGAAUUUAGCCACUGCUAUGUCGUAAUAGAGUUUGGGUUUCUUCCUUUUGUUGUUUUUGUUUGUUUGUUUGUUUAUAAUGACAGUUUCUGUUAGAUAGAAGUAUAUAAAUCAUCUGUACGGGAACCAUCCUGCUAUGGAUCCGAACAAGACUCCUGAUCAAUUUGCGAGAGCUCUUUGUACAAACAGCUACUGGACCGAGCCCUGAAGUUGUUAAUUUAAUACUCCGAACAAAAAAAUAUGCUUGUUAAACACUUCUAAUGUGUAUGUCUAGCACAUUUAUAUAACUACAAAAUAUUUUGUGGGAUCCUUUUUGAAAUGUAUAUAUUAUACAAAACACAAUCAAACAAAAGCACCAACAAUAGUUAUUGAUUUAAGCAAACAACAGUGAAAUGUUUCUCUAGCUGUAGGUAGCAGGACUUUUAGUCACCUACAGGCUUGUUAAUUUUAUGAAGAAAAGCAAUGAAAUUUGUGACAAUUAUUUCAUUUAAAGGAGUUUGUUAAAUUCUUGUUUCUGCUUUUAAAGAAAGAAGGUCCUUGCCCUUCUUAGAACUGGUUUUUCUUUAUUUCCAAGUAUCUCUUUAAUAUUAGACAUAUACUGUACAUUAAGGUUGUUUUCAGUCUUUGGGAGGAGAAGGAAACGUUUUUCCUUUCUAUUUCAUGGGCAGUUGGAAGUUUUUUUAUUUAAUGAAACUGCCUUCACAUUUUGCAUGCCAUUUUUUCUGAAAAACUUAACCAUACCAUACCCUGUCAUUUGUUUCCAUAACUGAACUCUUUCCAUGAACUGUGUAUAUGAUAUACAUACCCUUUUUUUUGUUGUUGUUGUUAAUUUUAAAUAAUGUAGACAUUGGUCCAUGUAUGCACAGAAAUCUUUCUGAGUUCAUUGGGAGAGUCCCAGAGGGAAUCAUGAGGGGAUGCAGAACUGUUGAGGAAAAGGAAGUUUUUAAGUACUACAGCCUGGGCUCCCAAGAUAUUUAAAGACGUAGCUUUUGCCGAUUUCCCUAGCUCACUGUGAAUUUCAGUACGAUAACAUUUGAAGACACAAGCUUUAGGACACAUAAAACCCCAGUACAUAGCUGCUGUGUCCCAAGAGAAGUGCUGAGAAGCGUAUCAGGCAGUACAGAGGCUCAACCGCUCCCCUUUCCUUGUUUUAGUGGGGGAGAUACCUGUUGCAUCCAGCCAACUCCCAUUGAAAUUGACUGUUCAGCAUCUCCCAUAUAUUUCCUCAUGCUAGUAGGUGCCUAUUGGCAGUGAUAGGUAUGUAAAUGCCUUUAAACAGUAGCUUUUGUAUUUGCCUCUUCCUUUAAGCAUAUGUGAUGCAAGUGUCUAAGGACUCUGAUUUGCAAAUUGGACACAAAAGUAAACUGAACUAAUCAGAAAAUGCUUAGAUUGGAUAUUAAGGGGAAAUAUCUAUACCCAAAAGCUGGGGUAAGAAAGGUUCUGAAAUCUCCUUCAUUAAAGGUUUUCAAAAAUAGUUCAGAAAAUACUUGUCAGGGAUGAUAUAAGUGUACUUAAACUUGCCUCAGAUUAAAAGCAUGGACUAGCCUCUCAGUCCUGUUGUUCUGUAAUGUUCCUAGUAGGGCAUGCUAAGCUUUGGAGGAUGCGAUCUGUAUGCAGCUGUAAGGAUAAGAAUAUACUAUCCUUCAGUUAGGUAUCAGAAACAAUAGUUUAUGUUUAAAUUUACAAUUUACAAGCAUAAUAGAACAAGCUGUCUGUGUGAAGAACUGUCUUUGGAGUAAAUUAGAGUUCCAGCACAGAAGACAGGAUCUUAUAAAGGGUAACAAAAUGGAAUCAGAUCUGUAAAUUUUUUUUUUUUUUCCCAAUUCCUGCUUUAGAUAUGUAGCAAUGGAUUUCUAAGCAGCUUGCCUAUUCAAUUUCUUCAAAACCAGACUUUGGUUUCUUCCACACAGGUUCUUCCAAAACUUAGAAAUAUUAAAACAUUUCACUACUUGAAAUAAAAGUCCAAUUAUUUAAUGCAAGUUUUUGCUGAGCUGCCUAUUGAGAGAAAGAAAAAAAGAAAAGAGGUAUUUCCGUUAAUAUAGUCUCAGCUGAUUCAAACAAGGUGUAGUAGUUUUUCGUCAGUAUUGUUGCAAAAUUAAGUGGAAUGACAAUGCACAGAUAAAUACAAUUUGUAAAGAUUAUGCUUCCUGCAUUAUAGUCACUAUAUAUGUGUGUGGGGAGAUAUGUGUGUGUGUAUAUAAUUAUAGUUCAAAAUCUGGUAAGUUGCCACUGGAUUUUUUCUUACAGGAGCAUGCUCCUAUCAGUAAAUGCAAACAGAAGGGUAGAAACACAUUUAUGAUACUACAAAGUUAGACUUGUUCCUUAGUGUAGAAUGGAGUUUUGUAUUCAAGAUUUGAAUUCAGCCCCUUCUUCAUGCAUUAUACCCACAACCAAGCACGCAUUUCAGUAUUUGACUCUCAAAAUUUUACCUGCUCAUAGUAGGCGCUUUUUUUUUUUUUUUUUAUUUAAGUACUAUCAUUCCUCAGGGUAAAGGGUGGAUAAAUAGAUAGUCUUCCUAGGCUGAUAAAUUGUCAUUCCAAUUUUGCAAGGCUGUUAAAUAUUUGUACGUCUUAUAUGGAGAAAGCUGAUCAUAUCCUGCCAUUGUUCCAUGUUCAAGUCUCGAGUUUUAUGGCACUGGGACUUCUGAAUUAAAACCUACACAAAGGCUUAGGAGCCAAAGUAACCAUCUUUGAUAUACAUUUAGUUAUUGCAAUUUGAUUGCAAAACACUGGCAUCAGUUAUCUAUAAAGAAUAGAAAGUUGUUUAUUCUAUUUGCAGUAACGUAAAAGACAGCCAGUAAGACUUUAUUAUAAUAUUGUGCUAUGAGAAAUUCUGAAACUGUGAGUUAAAUCCAUUGCACUGAUCCCUACAAUCAGAGCUCAAAUUCUUCUUAAAGAGCUCCUUCGUUUUAUUUUGUCUCUAAUCUGCUAAUCUGUCUUGGUAUGAAAUGGAUACAUAUAUAUAAACAAAUACACACAUCCAUUAAAAUCCAUUGUUGAGCAUCUGUGUUUUUGUAGAUACCCUCAUAUGUAAGAAAUGAGCAAGAACUAACUUGGACAGCUUUCUUGAAUUGAAAUUGUUUUGAAUUUGAAUUUGAAUUUGUUAAUAAAGUUCAUGAUAUUGACAGACA